GAUAGUCUCGUUAACACGUGAGAAAAUUUCAGUGUAUGGAAGAGGGUGAAAGAAGGAGAAAACCGAGAGAGAGAGAGAGAGAGAGAGAGGCGCUGCAGAAAAUCCGCGGAGGAGACGCUUUGAAGGAGAGAGUGGAGGAGAAGGAGAAAGAGUAAGAGAAAGAGAGAGAGAGAGAGAGAGAGAGAGAGAGAAAGCGAGCUGGACCUGGGGGAAACUGCGGAGGUCCUAAUGAGGGAAUGCCGAAAAGGAGAGUGCACAUACGGCCAGAGCACCAGACAUGAGUCCGAGGUGGCGGACUGAAGACGAUGCUGGGUGCCAUGGAAGUUCCAAGUCAUGCUAGGGAUCUCCUCCUGCAGCUCAACAGCCAGCGUACCAAGGGCUUCCUGUGUGAUGUUAUCAUUGUGGUGCAAAACGCCCUCUUCAGAGCUCACAAGAACAUUCUGGCUGCCAGCAGCCUCUACUUGAAAUCUUUGGUGGUCCAUGACAAUCUCAUCAACCUCGACCACGAGAUGGUGAGUCCAGGGGUCUUCAGGGUCAUUCUGGACUACAUAUACACAGGCCGCCUUAGCGAUGGAGACCCCACUUCCCCCACUGAACCCAAUCUGGGGGCUGUCCUGGCAGCAGCCAGCUACCUUCAGCUGCUUGACUUAGUGGCUUUGUGCAAAAAGAAGCUGAAAAGAAAUGGCAAGUACCCGCCCCGCCCAGGCCCUGCAUUUCUCCCGUACCCAAAGAUGGGGCCCAAUAGUAUGGGUUUAGGGAGUGGUGGCAGGUAUAGGGUUUCUACUCCUGUCAUUCAGUCCUGCCCUCCUGGAGGAAUUCUGAACAACCAUGCGAUCCGUGGACCCGAGGAGAUACUCCCCCAUCGACUGGCCCUUCAUGCAGGAGAGCUGUAUGCCCCCACCUCCACCCAGGGCUCUCAGGUGUUCCCGCCCCUGCAGUCAGCUCUUCCUGCCCAGCUCGGUCGCCCAGCCCACCCUGACAGGAACUGCUCCCCCAACUAUGGCCUUGAUCUCUCAAAGAAAAGCCCCAACUCCCAGUCCCAGCACACGCCCUCUCACUCACAUCUGGCAAACACUCAUGACGAUGAACGAGACGGGACUCUGAGUGGCCGCACCAGUCCCAUGCAGGGCACGAAUGGACGGGCCUUCCCCUCAGAAAAAAUGGAGUCGACCGACCAGGCAAGCUCACUCACUCCUCCACCUUUCCCCCAUCUCAACCAGCCUCUCGCCCCGCACCUCCCUCACCUGCAUCGCUCAGGCUCCCAGGGCACAGAUCGCUACCCGUGCCCCCCGAGCCCUGACACCCCCACAGAAAGCGGAGAGACGGGCAGAGAAAUGGGGAACAUCUACCGCUGGGUGAAACACGAGCCGCUCUCAUACACAGCUGAAGAUGACGACGAGGAUGAGGAUGAGGAGGAAGGGGGCGAAAAUGGAGACCAGCAUCACAACCACCACAAGACGGGAGAGGAGAGCGAAGGAGCAGACGACAAGAGCGGGUCGGGCACAGAGGAGACGGGCAGCAGUGAAGGCCGGCCGUCCCCUCCUGGCCCCAUGGGGAGGUUCCACGUACCGUAUGAGCCAGAGAGCUUCGGGGACAAUCUGUAUGUCUGCAUCCCCUGCGACAAAGGCUUCCCGAGCUCAGAGCAGCUCAACGCACACGUGGAGACUCACACAGAAGAAGAGCUGUACGGCAACUCCGGUGGGGAGAUGGGAAACAGCAAUAACAGCAGUAACAAAAACAUGAGCAGCAACACAAACGGCUAUGGGAGCCUGAACAGCAGCAACAGUUUGUCCCAUCUGGAGUCCAAGUCCAGCCAAGGGUUGGGCUCAGGGGGCAUCGGGGAGAUGAUCCGACCCUACCGCUGCUCCUCCUGCGAAAAGUCCUACAAGGAUCCAGCCACGUUGCGGCAGCAUGAGAAGACCCACUGGCUGACCCGGCCGUACCCCUGCAGCAUCUGUGGCAAGAAGUUCACGCAGCGCGGCACCAUGACGCGCCACAUGCGUAGCCACCUGGGCCUCAAACCUUUUGCCUGCGACUCCUGUGGCAUGCGCUUCACCCGGCAGUAUCGCCUCACCGAGCACAUGCGCAUCCACUCAGGGGAGAAGCCCUAUGAAUGUCAGGUGUGUGGAGGAAAGUUCGCUCAGCAGCGCAACCUCAUCAGCCACAUGAAGAUGCACAGCGGUGGAGGGACCCCGGGGGGCCUGACCACAGAUGGGAAACUGAAGCUGGACUUUAACGAGGGCAUCUAUCCUCUGAGUAAAUACGCAGCGGAGCAUCUGGGGCUGAAGCCAGAGAAGGCCAACGAGCUUCUCAUCCAGGCCCAGCAGCAACUGGUAGCUGACGCGAAGGCCAUCGAAAGCCUCUACCCGCUGUCCAAACUGGCCUCGGAGCACCUGGGCCUCUCCCACGACAAGAUGGAUGUCCUGGGCCAGCCCCUCCCCCCUCCCCAACAGGCCCUCUCUGAAGCCCGCACCAUUGACCGCUACUCACCCAGCUAAGACCACAUGACCUUUAUAAAUGGCCAUCACCAGUAGGUCUGUGUGCACACACAACUUUGCAGUAUUCAGAAGCCAUUCACCUCAACUCAGUAUCUUCUCUGCACCUCAGACUCAGGCCAAAAGGAAUUGGUCUGUUGAUGCACACCAAAAAAAACAAGAAAAACCAAACAAAACACGUGUAGACUGUAAGUGCCUUCCUAUGCAUCUAAUGUAUCUUAAAAUCUGCUAUUCUGUGACCAAGGGACACUCGAUCAAAGAAGUACAGUAUUUAUGUACAAGUGUAGGCAAACAAACAUAAAAAAAAAACAAAAAACACAGCAAUUGAGCCAAAGUUGCAAAUUGAAAACCAAAAUGAAAUUGUUUUAUUUAUUUUUGUAUUGUGGUGAAAUCCAAAGAGAAACUGUUGCAAGGAAACGUUGCAAUCUGACCCUAAACCUGUGUACAAAAGCUUGUGUACAAAAAAAAGAAGAAGAAAAAAGCACAUAAAGGACAAGAUUCAGGGUUUUGGUCCAGACCUGAACGGAACUUUUUUUUUUUUUUUUUUUUUUUUUUUACCAAAAGAAUAAGCCAACUCUUCUGGACUUUAAAGUAAUGGGAGGAUUGUAUUUUUUCCCCCUUUUUUUUCUCUGUUUUUGGGGUACUGGACAGUUUAUGUAUCUCAUUCUCCAGCUUCUUCUCCAAAUCACGCUCCUGCUGAGGAAAUGACUGAACGAGCAGCGUUUUGGUAAAGUCUCCUCUGCUUUAUUUUCUCCACACUUGUUUGAAAGUAGCCCACUCCCCCUGCAUAUUUGUGCGGAUAAAGGCUCAUGCUAUGUGACAGUAAUGGUAGCUUAAUCAGCCUUACACUCAGCGUGCAGCCCUUCUUGAGCUAUAACUUCCUUUGCAUUUCGACUAACAUCCCUCAGCCUUGUUAUUGAGACGCUGCAAGCUCAGCCCUGUGAUCUCAUAACUGGGACAUGAUUGCACAUACCCGACUGAUGACACACUAAUCCCUGUUCACGAUGAGUGUAGCUUCAUCUCAUGGCUUAGACGAAGCAGGGGUGUUGCCUCUGACAUUGUGUAAUAUUUACAAUGGUUGGAGUCGGAGGGGGCACGGACCAGGUCAGAGGUAGUGACACAGAAAUCUGUCAUUUUCUGUCAAGAGCUGUUACUCCACUCGCAGCAUGCUGAUGAUUCAUGACGUUGCGGCGGCAGUCAGAUGCCGCUCCGCUGUCCGACCUCUCAUCUGACCUCCCUCACCCCUGUAGUUUGUAGCCUGGGAGCCGUGCUACUGUUGACAGGCCAGAGCGAGUGCUGCACUCAGCCCCUUCGCCUUAAACGCGCUCCACACACACCACACGCAUUUACACCCCUCUCCGCACACACACAAGCGAGCUGCUAAUCUGUCCGCGAUAUGAACAUUAGAAGGGGUUUGUGGGUCUUCCCAGGAAGCCGGCGGGCGAGCAAGCGCACCCCAGCUGCUGCGCCUCGGUAAUCCCUGUGAAAUCUCACUUUCUCCUGGACAAUUCGCACUGCUCGCCGGCAUGAUGUCCCAUUUCAUGCCUGCCAUCUUACCCCUCUGAUCCACUUAUUAACAUCGCAUCCGAGCCCGAGCAAAUGUCUCCCGGCUCCUCGCCUCCCUUUUCUCCCUGCUGCUGGUAUCGAAUGCGGAAAACAAAGAAUGACAUAUUUCUGUGUCGGCUGACCAGCGGCUCCUCCAGCUUGAAAACAAAAGAGCACUUAAAGGUUGCGGGUAGACGGCACAUUUUUCUCUUUCAGUGUUUAUUCCAAAAAACCAUGCUGGCCUUUUCUUUUCUCUUUUUUUUCUUUUCUUUUUCCACUUUUCUGGUCCUUGAUUCAGAUUAGAAAUGUCUGACCACUAUAGUGCCAAUGCCAACCUCAGUGGGUGAAUGUGAAGACUAAAGCCAUAAAUACACUGUGAUAGACGUAGUGAAUCUUAAAGGCUUCUUAAAGAAAAAAACAGAGACAAUGUGCCUGACUUUUUGGGAUUGUUUUUCUUUUUUUUUUUUUAUAUAUAUAUAUAUAUAUAACAAUAAUUUAAGGGCUUCUUAAUUCUCUGUAGCAUAUGAUCAUAUCAAACAUGUUGUUUUCUGUCACUUACUUUUCUUUUAUUUUUUGGGAUUUUUUAACUGAAAGCAGCGCACGUGAAACUGGUGCUUACCUCAGGACUGAACCCAGCAUGGGGACGCUAAGCUUUACUAAACCUUUGAAUAACAAACACACGUGCACACACAAACACAAACACAAACACACACACACACACACAC